AUGACAAGAGACUCUAUCGACCAGACUGUCCCUCCUGCCCAGCCUCCUCCUCAUCCUCCUCAGCGCACUCUCCAUGUCGAUACUAGUCUUCCAUCUCAUCAAUACCAUCCUCAACAACAGCAGCAACAGCAACAACAAUUGCUUCGACCGUUGCUUCAGCAUCACCAUCACCAACAUAUGCAGCAACAACAGCAAUACCAGCAGCGGCUUGCGGAGGCAAACGGCAUCCAGCAGCAGGGUCGUCAGGGAUCUGCAGUAGCAUCGGAUCGUAUCCCUAAUAGUACACCCCCGCUGAUACCCUCCGCAUCUUCUUCCGCAGGGUCACCGCCGCGCACGGACGGCGAAAGUGUUUCAACUACUGGAUGUCUGAAACUAGCCGACCAACUGUUCAAGAGUCUAACUGAAGACGACGAUGAGGGUGAGGAUGAGGGUAAGGAUGAGGACGAGACUGGAGGACUUGACUACCUUGAGCAAUCGGACUCGGGUCAUCUUUCCCACGAUGAACAGGAAGAUUCUUUACCAAGGCACGAGCCCACCCAACAACAACUGCAGCAACAGCAGCGGCAACAGCAACAUUAUCUACAGCAGCAGCAAUAUCAACAACAACAACAACAACAACAACAACAACAACAACAACAACAACAACAACAACAACAACAACAACAACAACUGCAGCAACAACAACUGCAACAACAACAACUGCAGCAGCAACAACAAAAUUCCAUUUCUGUACAAAGAGCCGCUGCAGUAUCGCCUAGACCGCCAUCGGCUCGCUCACCUAGAUCUUCCGCAUCAAAUGUUCGAAACCCAACAAUGCACAGUGAGGACCCCAAUAGAAAAUAUGUCCCCGAGAUGGAGACCCAGGAGACACUCAAACGAGAACGAACUCGGAUCCUCUCCCGACCUGCCAUCUCUAGCUAUCGUAGGAUUAACUACAGGGACAUUACAGACAUCAAGCCGCUCAAGAAGGGAGGGUUUGGCGAGAUUCAUGUUGGCGAGUGGUCUCGUCUUCGGGUUGUUCUCAAGCGGGCCUUGGUCGAUCAUGGUGAAGGAGUAGAGCAGUUUGCUCAAGAGCUGGAGAUCUUGACACGAGUCCAUGACUAUGACUUUAUUGUCCCCUUCUACGGAGUGGCGACGGACCCAACGACGCAUGUCAAGUGCAUUGUGAUGAAGCACUGCAGCAACGGUAACCUGUGUACAUUCCUGGAAAAGAACCAUUCGACCCUAAGCUGGAAUGAGCGCUACCGCCUCUCGAUCGAGAUCACCAAGGGGCUUGAGUUUCUUCACAAGUCGGGGUUCCAUCAUCGCGACCUGCACAGUGGCAACAUUCUGCUGGACGACAAACGGACGGCGAUGAUCUGUGAUUUUGGACUCAGUCGAUCCUCGACCAAGGCGCAGACUGCUGAUAUUGUUGCUGCUGUCGGUGUGGCUUCUUUCCUGGCACCAGAGCGGUUCCCGACAAAGCGACCCAUCUACACAGCGGCUUGUGAUAUCUACAGUCUGGGAGUCAUCUUUUGGCACAUCUCGUCAGGCCGGAUCCCGUUUGCGAAACGGCUUCGGGAGGCGGCGUUGUUGAAGGAGCUGAUGGAGGGUCAUCGGGAGCAGAUUGUACCGGGGACACCCAAGGAGUAUCGGGAUAUGUUGGUCAAGUGCUGGGAUGUCAACCCUGCGAAAAGACUCAAGAUCGAUAUUGUGAUUGCGAUCCUGCAGACGCUGAUGGCUAAACCGACUGAGCCUGUCCACCAGAUCGCAACCGGGUUUAUGGUCCCAAGUUUGACUCAGUCAGCGGCUUUGCCGAUGCCACCCGAGUUGAGCGCCAAGAUGUCGACCCUUGAACGUGCCUCGAACGCUCUCAACAAGAUGGUGUUUGAUAUCAAGGAUCCAGAGAUGAAGGAAACCGUCAAGUACAUCGAAGAAACGCGCAAGUACUUUACGAACCAACGUCUGCCCAUGGAACCCUACAGCCCAGCCAACCCACCCAAGACACCCAUCUAUCUCUGCCCACUCGUGGGCGAUAUCCCCGCCUUCAACUACUACCUCCACCACCGUGGCCCUUACAACCCCAUCAACGAAUCCAGCUCCCAAACCGGUGAUACGGCAUUGCAUCUGGCUUGUCUUUUCCUCGAAUCUCCCCUGGACACCAUUAAGGUCCUGAUCGAACUCGGCGCGGAUAUCAACCUUGAGAAUUUGCAGGGAUACACCCCCGUCAUGAUCUUGGUCUCGUCCAAUACUCAGUACUGCUUUGAGGCGCUUAAGUUCUUCGUCAUGCGAGGAGCUCGUAUCCCGGCGUAUAUUCGGAACCCGAUUACGCCUUUAAACAGUGCACAAACUUACGCGCUUAAUCUUAUCAGUGAGUCUCGACUGUACCAGCGCCCAUCGGCCUUCCCUCCACCAGCUAGUGGUGGUCGGCCGGCGACUAACAGUGUUAUCCCGCGAUGGAGCACUCAACCACCUCCACAGCAACAACAACUAUCGGGACAAUCACGGACAUCCUCUCAACAAUCCCCUCCAGGAUCCCGGACCGACCGCCCCUUUGCUCAAGGUCGUCCCUUAAUCCACGUCGUCGCCGCAAUGCAAGAAGACCACCGGAUCCUGGACUGUCUUUACGAAGCCGGACUCGAUCCUGCGAUGACCUUUGGAGGCGAUACGGCCCUCGUCGCCGCCGCGGCUCAUCUCCGGAUCAAAAACGUCGAAUGGCUCCUCAACAACGAUCUUGAUAUCAGUUCUACCGAUAUGGGUAUCCAGCGCGCCAUCCAGGCCGUCAAGAUGAUCCAUGGUCCGGCCCCGCUAUCCACCGGCGAACUCCCCAGCAGUAUGCAUUCCCCCUACAACCCUAAUGUUGGUGCAGACGGUAAACCCACUGACGCCGUGAAACAAAAACAGUACCUGGACGAACUGCGCGAUUUGGGGAAGUACUCCUGGGCGGGCGUGGCCUACAAGGUCUCGGAGAGCGCUGGCAAGGAUAUGGUCGGUCCCGUAUUACAGCUACUGGAACAGUGGACUGGCGGACGGAGGAUUCAGGCCCGGAAGGAGGUUGCGACGAAACUGAAGGUCAUGUAUGGACACGAGGUCCCACCCGAGCUUGUCGACCAGCAGUUCCCUUAUUCUCAUGGCAGGACAUCUUCUUCUUCCAACUCGCUGGCGUCUAGUGAUAGCAGCAGUAGCAGUGGUGAAGGUGUCGGCGCCUAUCAUCCGCCGUCGAUGGCCAUGCCUGCCCAACAUCAACUGCACCAACAGAACCGUCGUCAGCUUCAGCAACAGAUUCAGCAGCAACAGCAAGUCCAUCAGCAGCUUCAGCAGCAGAUCCAGUUCUACCAAGGUCUGGGCGGCAGUACCGGUAACGGCAACGGCAACGGCAACGGCAACGUCAAUGGGCAACAGAAUGGCAAUUCGAGAUCUAAAUUUACUCAAGGCCACAGGAUGCGGUCGCUUCGCAAAAGUCAACGCGCUCUCAUCGACGAGGCCUUGAACGAGAAGACGUCCAUCAAGUUUUGGUAG